CCUCGCAGCUCUCCGGUAUCGGACUCAGUGGACGCACCGACUCACACGGACGAUCCGCGCUCAGCGCAUUUGAGACUCCUGCCGACCCGCGACCCGGAGGACACCGUGGAACUUUCCUCCGGCUUUGGGGGCCGCUCUCGACGGCACACUUAAACGCUUCAAUUCGAUUGGACAUGACACAAAGUCACAAGGCUGAUUCCUCGUAUUGAUUCCCAAACGCCAGAUGGCGGUGAGUUGAAAUACCGACGAGACACACCGGAGUGUGUUGGGACGGAACCGGGCGCUUUUCUCCCCACUUCGCUCAUAACAACAACACGGUUAUUUAAAAAAAACAACAACAACUUGUUUUCUACCGCUGGCGGACCUUCUAUUUAAAGAAUCCUCCGCAUCCCUUUCUCCUUCCCCUCACCACCUCCUCCUCCUCCUCCUCCACCCGUCUCCACUUGAUAAAACAACAGUCUGCAGCCCGGCUGCCUGGCGGCGGUCAGAGGGGAUCAGAACCACAGUUUUCUUAGGCAGCAGCCCGGGAUCGGACCCCUCACCGGGAUGCUGCUCCAGCGCAGACUCCACUAGACGGUCCAAGAGCCGCUGCCAACAUGUUCACGCGAGGUUAUGGUGGGGUGGAGUUACUGCUGGUGCUGUGUGGCCUGGAUCUCUCUUCGCCUUGCCCUCGCCACUGCAUCUGCUACAACUCUCCCAGCACCGUCUCCUGCCAGGCCCACAACAUCCACACCGUGCCUGAGGGCAUCCCUGCCCAGAGCGAGCGCGUCUUCCUGCAGAACAACAAGAUCCAGCGGCUGCUUCGCGGCCACUUCUCGCCCACCACCACCAUGCUGUGGCUUUACUCCAACAACAUCUCCUACAUACAACCCUCCACCUUCCACGGAUUUGAUCGCCUGGAGGAGCUGGAUCUCGGGGACAACCAGCACCUGCAGGCCGUUGCCUCGGACACCUUCCUGGGUCUCGGGAGGCUACACGCGCUGCACCUCUACCACUGUGGCCUGGUCACUCUGCCUGCAGGCAUCUUUGCGGGCCUCAAUAAUCUCCAGUAUCUCUACCUACAGGACAACCAGUUGGAGUUCCUGGAGGACGACCUGUUCAUCGACCUUCUGAACCUCAGUCAUCUCUUCCUUCACGGGAACAAGCUGUGGAGCCUUCGGCAGAACACCUUCCGUGGUCUGGGAGUCUUAGACCGCCUACUUCUGCACCAGAACCGAAUCCAGUGGGUGGACCGCCAAGCUUUCCAUGACCUGCGACGCCUCACCACCCUGUACCUGUUUAAUAACUCCCUCACUGAGCUAUCUGGAUCCAGCUUGACUCUACUGCCGGCCCUGGAGUACCUGCGACUGAACGGCAACCCGUGGGAGUGUGAUUGCAAGGCGCUGUCACUUUGGGAUUGGCUGCGCCGGUUCAGAGGCUCCACCUCAUCUCUGAUGUGCGUUUCACCCCCAGAAAUGGCGGAGAAGGACCUGAAGACGCUGAAGAAAGAGGAGCUGCCCAGUUGCCUGGCGGCUGAGGGUCGUCCGCACGGCGACCCGGGUGGGGAGAUGGACCACGGAGAGUCUUUGAACCACCUGAAUCGUCACAGAAACCAUCACACCCACCAUCAGCGACCGUACUUGCCCCACGGGGAUCAGUACAGCUUGCCUUCACCCUCGCCCCUACCGCGGCCCCCGAAGGGAGGCCGCAGAAACUGCACCCGUCGGGGCCGGAAAGUGAAAGGGGGGCUGAAUGAGGUGCAGGUACUGCGGGAGGGGAGUGAGAAAGACUAUACUGCAGAUGGAGGUAAAUACGAUCCGUCUGGAACUGCGAGGAGGAAGAACAAGUGCAUCCCCAGAACUUCUGUCGGCCCACCGAGUGGGGUCCAGAGAGCCACUAAUAACGCCGGGUCACACUUUGCAGAUUUCUGUUUACUAACAGCUCUGCUGCUGACACACUCAGCUCUGUCAUCCUACGCCGGGGCAGGAAUCGCACACUAUUCUGCUGGGGAUCCCACCUUGUGAUUCAUUCUCCCGACCCACAGUGUCCUGGCUCUUUGAAUGAAGCAUGUGUGCAUAACUGUGCAUAACUGUGUGUGUACAUGACUGCUUGUAACGAAUAUUGUCAAAUAUCUAUGUCAAAGUAUCCCUCCUCUAUUAAGGGAGGAACAUCCAUGGGUCAUUUACAAAACAUGGGAAAACAGGGAAAACUAUUUAGCAUAUUGCUUUGAUGAUGUCACAGAGGAAAACAUCAGGAAAUCUUAACAUUUUGUCAUUGUGGCAUCGAUUGAUUCACUUAAUGCAUCUUAUUCUGGUAAAAAGCAAAAAAUUACAGCUACAUAAAAACAACAAGCCAACUCAACUCAUUCAAGUGACAGCGAAAGACGCACAAUAAGGAUCGGAACAGUUCAGGGUUCUGCUUCUACGUUUAGUCCUCUGCACAAUAAUUCUCUCUCAGUCUGACUUCAUCUCAUUCAUAACUGUCACACUGCUCACUCAUCAGCACCUUAGGAUCCAGAAGCAAGAUGCUAAAUAUACAAGUGGCAUCAUCGUACUGCUACAGCAGUAACAAAUACAAUCACUGUAUAUCCAGUAAUAAGAGAUUUGACUUGCAUGUCUCACUAGGAGGUGAACAUACUUUAAUGCACAUCUUGACCUUAAAAGAUGCCUGUUGCAGGAUCCUUGCCACAAAUCUACUUAAAAGCCAUUCAGAACCAACCUUUCAUUGUAAAGAGACAAAUCGGUCACAGUCAGUGUGAAUGAGUUGGGGAAAGAUCGUCUCUGUAACUGUAUUGUUUGAGUGUGCGUCCACUUGAAAAACGACAAAAAAACUGAAGCCAUGCGGGUAGAACGACACAAGAAGAGGAUGCCUAAUGAGGAACAAGUGGCCAUGAGGGACACACUGUGGAGCUAAGGCGGUGGCUUUAUUCACUCUUCAAAUUCCCUGUCUACAAAACGGAGGCAUCUACGAGCCCGAAAGGUCAACACGAGCGGUCUAAGGAGCAACCAGAGCCCGACCCACUGGACGUCUGACUUCCAGAAACUGUUAUGCGCUUUCCUUUGUAAUGCCGAGGACGCUAAGAAGUACACAUAAUUCAAUCCAAAUAGGCACAGGACGUUUUCAAACGCUGGAAGAAAAUCAGGCAGGAGUGCUGAGGAUCACCACAACUCCACAUACACAUAUAUUGCAGUGGUCUGAAGACCGUGUUGAUCACCACAGGGCAAAGGAACCGACAAUCUCCUACUGCAUUCCUGUCCUUGCCCUCCCCGGUUUGUUCGAUGUACUCCGAAAGCCAAAAGGACUCGGCAAUCUGUGAGCACUGCGGAGGGGACGGUUGGACAUUAACGCUGCUACAUCCGAGGAGAGCGCCGCUUUCCCGAGGCUUCUUUCGGGAACCCAACAAGGGCAGAGAGGACUAUGGGACACGGUGUUUCCGUACAAACCGGAGCCGUUCGAGCACACACGACCCUGAGGCCCGAUCACCUUCACGGCCUUCCUGUCACACUGGAAGCUACUAAGCACCGUUAGACCGGGGAUUUCAAAUCCCAGAGCAGAAGGUUACGACUUCGGACGUGAACUGUUUCAAAGUGAUCCACUUAGUCUCAAGUGCACAACUACAAUUGGGGAACCCUGUACAGACACACACGGGACAUCCGGGUACCUUGACUGGCCAGUAAUGCUAAAAGUCUUUAUUUCUUUUAGCAUUGCACAGUUAUAAAUUCUAUUUUGAGAAAGGAGCUGCUCUUGUACGCAAAAUACGACAGCUAACAAAAAAAUUAUGGCAUGCAGACAAAAAGCACAAGGAAAGCACAAGGACUUCUCAGUAACGUGUGGUUUGGAUGGGAAGCAGAGAGCAGGGGCCACAUUUGCACUCUGCUUGUGUGCGUUUUCUGCUGAGCCCCGCCUCUUUAUGUCUAUCUAUCUAAAUGUUGGGGACGGACAGAAGCUCUGAUCACUGGUGUCAUUCUUCUGACAUGUAGGAUUAGAAACCCCCUUCUGGUGAACUUGUUUGUGCUGCCGUGAACACAGAGGUGAUGUAAAUUGUGUCUGUUUCUCCAAUGAGGAUGAUAUUUUUUUUUCUUUUUGUAAAGAAAAAAGGGGAAAAAAAGGAAUAAAAAGGGGGAAAGUCUCCACUGUGUAUCUAUAGUUCCCUAAAAAAUGGAACUAUUUUUUUAUCAAUAAGAUUAUCAUUAUUUCAUUUCUUUCUUUUUUUGCUGACUCAUUCAAGCCCAACACCCAACACUGCCCCUCCUGAUCCUCCUCUUAUGCUUUUCUAUCCCUCUGUCUUUCCCUCCCACCCUGCUUGCAUUUCUCCCCCUUCUUCUCCACCUUCUCCUCUUCUUUCUCUUCCAUCCUCGUUGCUCCCUUCUCUAUCUCAUUAUUAUUUCCCCCUCCUCUCUUCCGUUGUGCAACCCGAAUGUUUUGUAUGUGGUUAUCAAACAAUGCCAGACUCAAAAGCUGUUUAUAAAUAACAUUAAACAGAAAGUGUCCUCAAAUGGC